ACAACGUGUUUGAAUCUUCGCCAGGAACGCUACAGGAAUUUGCAUGAUCAUCAUUCCUUAAUCUGGAGAUGACCCAGUGUGAGAGGGUCAGGUAGUUCUUAUCAAGUUGUAAACAAGGGGUCGGAUGACUGUCCUGGCUAUUAAACUGAAGCUGAUAGUAAACAGGGCCAUCUUCCAUCAUGUCGAUAGAAGAAAUCAUUGAGAGUGUUGGAGGUUUUGGACCAUUCCAACUAGCGAUGCUGAGUAUCAUAUUCGGCGUUAAGCUGAUACUCGGUUGGAGUAUGAUGAUAAUGUCAUUCGCAAACGUGGCCCCAAACUGGUGGUGCACGCCUCCCGGCGUUGACCCCAACAACGUCAGCUACAGGGACAACACGACGUUCCAGCAGUGUCCAAAGGGUGAUAACGACUCCUGCACCUAUGUAUACGCCGAUGAUAUGAACACCGUCAUAAAUCAGUGGAACCUUGUCUGUGACAAAGACACAAUUGCGGCAACAAUGACGUCAAUUCAGAUGGCCGGCGUCUUGGCAGGUGCGUUUUUGGGAGGACAGUCAGCUGAUGUCAUUGGAAGGAAGAGAACCUACUACCUUGGGAUCCUUCUACACGGCGUGUGUAACAUUGGAGCUGCUUUCUCGGUGUCUUGGCAAAUGUUUGCCACUUUCAGGUUUUUCAUUGGCUUCGGGAUAGGCAUAUUCUUCACAACUUCAUAUCCAUAUGCGAUGGAGUUCGUGGGUACCAAAUGGAGGUCGGUUUGUUCCUCGCUGCCUCUCUGGGCGUGUGGAGUCGGGUUGAUGGCUUUAGCAACGUGGCUGCAGCCAGACUGGCACAACCAACACCUCAUCAACGCAGCUCUGCACAUCCCUUUUUUCCUGGGCUGGUUCAUCGUCCCAGAAAGCCUCCGGUGGCUGACUGUGAAGGGACGGCUUGAGGAGGCGGAGAAGGUGGUCGAGCAGAUGAGUCGAUACAACCGGAAGGAGAAAUCUCCCAACACCGCAGAGAUGCUAAAACGGGUUGCAGAGGAGGAAAAUACAUUGCGGGCAUCGGGCACUAAGUACACCUACCUCGACCUUUACAAGGACUGGAGCAUGUGUUGGAGGUCACUGAUCAUCCAGUUCAUCUGGGCUUGCAUGUCGCUUGUGUACUACGGUCUAUCAUUUGGAGUUGGUUCUCUGUCAGGAAACCUCUACCUCAACAUCUUCCUGAUGUCCAUUGUCGAGGUACCAGGCACCAUGAUGACGUUCGUCAUAGCUAACAAAAUUGGAAGGAAGUUGACAAGCAUCCUAUAUUUUGGGAUCGCUUCAAUUGCUGCAUUUGCUGUACCCGUGGUGUGGACAUAUGUGGAUGCUGAUAAACAGGGCCCAAUCAUCACUGGCCUCGCUCUGGUCACCAAAUUUGGAAUUGGAAACGGUUGGGGAGCCAUCCAGAUACUCUCGAGUGAAAUGUACCCCACUGUCAUCAGAAACCUAGGUUACGGCGCCGCCAAUACGACAGCUCGGAUAGGAGGGAUAAUUGCACCAUAUAUAUUUACUGUGAAAAAGGGAUAUGUCUUUGUUCCGUUCAUGGUUGUCGGGACGACGACAGCUGCGUGCGCAGCGCUGACUAUGCUCCUGAAAGAAACAAGAGGUCUCCCUUUGAGUGACACGAUGGUAAAGGAAGUCAAGUCUGAACUGACGACCAUUAAGAACAACACGCCCAACAGGACCAUCACUGUGGACACACCUGAGAAACAACCAGGAUCUUUCUCAUCCACGAAAUUCUGACCUGAAACUGGAACACAUGGACAGGAUCAAUUCUAAGAUGGUUGAUUCUUGGUCCUUAAUACAUGUGGAAAGGACAAAGAAACUUCGUUUGUAAUCACAGUUACUCUAAAUUUGAAGUAAAAACAUAAAACAAGCUCAAA